AUGGAGCCAGAAGAGGACAUUCCGUUUGUGAAACGACCGAAGUCUGAGCGUGGAUGGAUGCGCAUCGCGAAGAAGCGCUUGCCGAUCCUCGAUUGGGGCCCGCGGUACGACCGCAUCACCGCUGUAGCGGACCUGGUGGCAGGCAUCACGCUGGGUCUGACACUGGUGCCGCAGAGCAUCGCAUACGCUUCGCUCGCCAACCUGCCCGUGCAGUACGGUCUCUAUUCUUCAUUUGUAGGUACGAUGCUGUACGUUUUCCUGGGCACCGUAAAGGAGGUAUCCAUCGGCCCCACCAGCUUGAUGGCGUUGUUCACGCUGCAAGUUUGCCGCGGCUUACCCGUGGAGUUCGUCGUGCUGCUCACCUUCCUCUCUGGCUGCAUCGUCCUCAUCAUGGGACUACUCCGUCUAGGAUUCUUGGUGGAGUUAAUAUCUCCAUCAGUGACGUCUGGGUUCACGUCAGCAACGGCGGUGAUUAUCGUGGUAGCGCAACUCAAGGGCCUCCUGGGGCUGAGCUUCACGGCGGAGUCGGUAAGCGACAAUAUCCGCAACAUCAUCAACAAGUGGGACAACUUGCGUUACGCGGACUGCGCGCUCGGGGCUGUCUGCUGCACUGUGCUGCUACUGCUCAGGCAACUGAAAGAUGUAAAAGUGAACCCCAAGCGUACGAAGCUGAAGCGCGCUCUGUGGCUCCUAUCCAUCGGACGUAACGCGCUGGUCGUCCUGGCCGCCUCCACGCUGUCUUACUGCAUACACAACCCUGAGAAACCGCUCUUCAAGUUAUCUGGUCGGGUGGAGCCUGGGCUGCCAGCGUUGUCGGCACCACCGUUCAGCGUGGCACUGGACAACAGCACGGUGCAGUUCGUGGACAUGGUGCAGCAGCUCGGUUCGGCGAUCGUCAUGCUGCCCAUCGUCAUGGUGCUCGCUAACAUCGCUAUCGCCAAGGCCUUCUGUACGGGCGGGCGAGUGGACGCGACGCAGGAGAUGGUGACGCUGGGGCUGUGCAACAUGGCGGGGUCGCUGGUGCACGCCAUGCCCACGUGCGGCGCCUUCACUCGCUCGGCCGUGUCGCACUCCAGCGGCGUGCGCACGCCCGCCGCCGGCGCCUACUCAGGCAUUAUAACCCUGCUGGCGCUGAUCUUCCUCACUCAAUACUUCUACUAUAUACCGAAGGCGUGUCUCUCCUCGGUGCUCAUCUGUGCUGUCAUAUUCAUGAUCGACUACCGGACCGUGGUGCGGCUGUGGCGGCGCGACCGGCAGGAGCUGGCGGUGCUGGUGCUCACGUUCUGCGUGAGCGUGGCGCGCACCGUGGAGCUGGCCGUGCUUUGCGGUGCGCUCGCUUCGCUGGCCGUGCUGCUGCGACGCCUCAUGCGCCCGCGCCUACAGAUAAACCACGUCAAGUCGAGCGCGGGCGAGGUGGUGCGCGUGCGCGCGGCGCUGGGCGUGACGUACGUGAACUGCGCGCUCGUGGAGGCGCGCGCGCUCGCCGCCGCGCGACGUGCCGCGCCGCGCCCCGCCCUGCUCGACUGCGGGCAGCUCGCCAUGCUGGACUACGCAGGGCAACAGGCGCUGGAGCGACUGAUUAAGCAGCUGAAAGAUUCAGAUCAGAAGUUAAUAAUAUACAAUGUUCCGUUGGACCUGUUGAAGAAGUUCGAGCAAGUGUCGGGGCUGGACGCGCGACCGUUACGGGCGACGAACAUCAAUUCGGCGCUCGCGCUCGCCGACGCGCCGAGCGAAGAGCGCGCCGCUCUGCUCGCCGAGCAAGUGUGA